AUGGGGCCUUUCGAGUGGCAUGACGAAGACGGCCAAUUCGUUGAUGACGGUCUUGUUGUCACUGGUAUCAUCAUAGCAGGAAUCUUCCUGCUGGUCUUAUCCUUCAUUGUUAUUCACUUGCUGAGACGACUGGGCUUCUGCUAUGGGGCACAGCACUCGCACAGCCAGUCUGUGUCUGAAGAGUACAGGAGAUACAGGCAGGAGAGGCUGGACACCAUGUAUGCACAUGUUAGCGUGGCCAGUGGACAGGGAUCCCCACAUGAGUGGAUCUCCCCUGGUCAACAUACACAGUACCUGCGUGUGAACAGCCAGCCCAUCCCAUCAGUGGGCUCAAGGGAUCAUCGUGAGCAGAACGCAUCUUUGGCCCAGGGGAUGGAGUCAGGAGGGAACCCACACUCAGGGAGGCUCACAUACAUUAGGUUUUCGCCAUCAGGCAUCCGUUACACCAAUCAGUCAAUCCUGGUGCCCAGUUCGGGAGUAAGAAGGAAUUAUACCAACAUGGUGCCCAUCCUGCCUCGUGGGGCCCGGACGCAACCAAUGGAUGUGCAGAGAGGCAGGCACAGAGGCAGGGUGCAUGCAGCGUACUCCCCGUGGACUGACUCCUUUGUGGGCAGCCCUUGUGCCUUGCUGGGGCCAAGCAGAGACACAACAAAUGGGAGACUAGUAGGGGAGGGGGUACCGGUGUCUGUGGAGGGCUGCACCAAGGACCAUGAAGGCUUUGAAGAUUCCAGUUCCGCCACUGCAGAAGCAUACCUCCAGCAGAUUGUUGAUCUGUUCACUUGCCCAAUAACCCAUGAAAUCAUGGUCGACCCUGUGAUGGCAGCAGAUGGCUACACAUACGAAAGGAAGGCCAUAAUGCAGUGGCUCAAGGCACACCGGCGUUCCCCCAUGACAAACGAACCAUUGGUUGAAUUUGUACUGAUUGCCAAUCAUGGCCUGAAGUCCAUGAUUCAGGACUGGAAGAGCAGGUGUGAGGACGAGGGGAGAAAAUAA